AUGGCUCAAAGAGCUGCCGAUGCUCCCAUUAUCCGAAGAUUGUUCACAUCAUCGCCACGGGAUCCUCGUUACCACAUGCUCACCUACAUAUCAAGUAAAUCUUCUCAAUUACCACGGACGCUACCGCCUGAGCCCCGUGCCGCUCUGUUCCUCAACCGUUUUACGCGAACGCUGACGAUCAUGUUUGCAACGAAUGGAGUCACCGAAAUCCUGGGAGUCACCCCGCGGCAGCUGGUGUCGAAGAGUUUCUAUUACUGCAUUCAAGAGGACUGUCUCAAGGAUGCGGUGCACUGUCUUGAGAGUGCAAAGGCGAAUAACUCGAUCGCUUACUUACGCUUUUGGUAUCGAGAUCCUUUACAGGAUGAUGUAGCAGCCGACCCCGGUAUUUCCCCCACAGCGCAACGACUGCCAGACGUCCAGCAUGGAGGCGGCAGCUCGAAGGAUCAGCGAUACUCAAGUUCAGCAUCUCCAAUUGAAGUCGAGGCCGUUGUCUCCUGCACUUCAGACGGCCUCGUUGUUGUGCUCCGACGGGCCCGGCCUCCGAUUCCAUACCUUAUUCAGCAGGCUCGUGGAGGACCUGUAUACGCCAGUGGGCUUUUCGCCUCGCCGUGGGCAAGCCAUCCGAUCCUCCCUCAACCGUAUUCGAGUGAACCCGUUAACCAUUGGGACGAAACUCCGCCGGCAUCACGACCAAUGCACCAGAGUAUAUAUCCGAGAUACAAUAGCUCAUGUGCGGCCAGUGCGAUAUCCGAUCCGGCGGCGACUCCUCCGUCCGGAGAAUCGAACAACAGUUUAUCGAAGGGCGGCGCCCAUUCUCAAAGCUUUUUGGAAACCAUUCGCGAUGUGGCAGUAUUCGUAUGGGGUGUUGUUGGCAUCAAUGGCUCACUGGAACGGUAUGAGAGAGGAAAGCCGACGGGCGAGUCCUUGCCAGCAGAAGGAGUAUGGAUCUGGGAUCCAUUGUCACGUCAGAGGAACCUGGAGGUAGUAGUUCGAAAAGUUGCCAGAAAGAGAAGAAGAAUAAAAUAA